GAGUGGCGAGCUCAGGUGUGGGUCAGAGGUGCUGCUGGUGCCUCCCUCUUAUUUAUCCCCUUUACUCCAUUACCCACCGGAAUUGUGCCCGAGGAAUCAGUGUACACGUGCAGUGCGUGGGGGUAUUUGCCGGAAAACAUGAAAAUGGCUCGGGUGUGGCUGGGAUAACCCCGGGAAAGAUGAGAUGAAGUGAGUGUGAGAGGCCGAGAGUGUGAAGUUGGCGGGUGAGGGCCGUUCAUGGUGCUGGGACUGAGGCUUUUUCGAGGCUGAGAGGAGGCUAGGAUGCAGAAGGGGGAGAGGCGAGAGCGUGGAGGCGGCGGAGGGACCAAGGAGCAGGACGAUCCGGCGUCUAGGAGGGUGUCGCGAGCCAGCACAGCUAACAGAACGGCCACCACCAUGCAGCCCGGGUCCCGCACCUCCUCCUCCUCCAACUCCCUGGAGCUCUUCGUGGGGCCAAACUUCAGGGUCGGCAAGAAGAUCGGCUGCGGAAACUUCGGAGAGCUGAGAUUAGGGAAGAACCUCUACAAUAAUGAACACGUUGCCAUUAAGCUGGAACCCAUCAAGGCCAAGGCACCACAGCUCCACCUUGAGUACAGGUUCUACAGGAUGCUGGAUGCCGUAGGAGUCGGCUUUAGGUCCUCAGAUAAAUUCGCUCACCUACACAGCGACAGGCCGAGAGAGGACAAGAAGGAAGAGAUAAAGGAGAAGGAGGAGGAGGAGAAGGAGAGAGAGAAAAGCAGUGAGGUAGAGGGCAUUCCUAGGAUCUACUACUUCGGUGUCUGCGGCAAGUACAACGCCCUGGUGAUGGAGCUGUUGGGGCCAAGCUUGGAGGACCUGUUCGAUAUGUGUGGCCGACGAUUCACCCUUAAGACAGUACUAUUAAUAGCCAUACAAUUAAUUAGUAGAACAGAGUAUGUACAUUCUAGAAGAUUAAUAUAUCGAGAUGUGAAGCCAGAGAAUUUUCUCAUAGGAAGAAGCUCCACUAAAAAAGACAAGAUUAUAAACAUCAUAGAUUUUGGUCUAGCAAAGGAGUACAUUGAUCCCACCACCAACAAGCACAUCCCUUAUCGGGAGCACAAGUCCCUGACGGGCACGGCUCGCUACAUGUCCAUCAACACACACAUGGGCAAGGAGCAGUCCCGCAGAGAUGACCUGGAGGCUCUCGGCCACAUGUUCAUGUACUUCCUUCGCGGGUCCCUCCCCUGGCAGGGACUCAAGGCAGACACCCUUAAGGAGCGCUACCAGAAGAUUGGAGACACCAAGAGAGCAACUCCCAUUGAAGUUCUCUGUGAGAACUAUCCCGAGGAGAUGGCGACGUACCUGAGAUAUGUACGGCGGCUUGACUUCUUUGAGACUCCAGAUUAUGAUUACCUCCGAAAGCUGUUCCAGGACCUGUUUGAGCGGAAAGGAUAUGUGGACGAUGGGGAGUUUGACUGGACCGGCAAGACUAUGCCAGCAGAAUAUUUAUCAAACAUGAGACAGCUAAGAAUUGCUGCUCCGUCUGAUAGAGUGAAAACUAGAUCGGAUAAGUCCACACCUGUUGGGUCAACGCAGACAGGGACUGAAGUCAUUGUAUCUCCGAGCAGAGAGAACCGAGAGAGGCAUCCCACAGCCACUAAGGGCGGCACCAAGGGUACGGCAGCCUGGCCCGAAACCCCCAAGCAGGCAAGCAACAUGUUAGGCGGCAACCUCACCCCUGCAGACCGCCACGGCUCCGUCCAGGUUGUGAGUUCUACAAAUGGGGAGCUUGGGCCUGAUGACCCUCUGGCCGGCCACUCCAACACCCCCAUCACUGUCCACCAGGAAGGAGACACGUCAGAUGAAACAAAAUGUUGCUGUUUCUUCAAAAGAAAGAAGAAGAAGGCUGGGCGUGGCAAGUGACUGGCAGUGGUGCAGUGCUCCCCGGAGAGAGAAGCCAUUGCGGUGCUGCUGCCAGCCUCACAGUCGCAGUCCAAUGAGAGCAUCCUCAACCCUCAGGCACCGCCACCAGGGGGCGGGCAACAAGCCAACCCCCACAAGCACUGAUCACUCGACCAUUACCUCAUCACCACCGGAAGCGCUGCAUCUCCAGUGUAGUCAAGUACUUGCCUCUCAAGAUGUGGAAUGGAGCCUCAUGCUUACAUCUGUGUUGUGUAAAAAUUUGUUGUGACCCCAUCCAGCACAUUUAUGUACUGUUAUGCCUGUGCUGAGAUGAGCCGUGUGUACCAGGAGACGGUGGGUGGUGGCCGAGCCUUACAACUUGGUCCGGUGAUUCUGCUUAUAUAUUUUGCUGUACACACAUCUGGAGUGCUGGAAGAUGGUUUGCCAAAGCAACUUUUAUUUUGGACAACCUAUAUUGCAUCUGUGUGGAAAGGAUUCAUAGAGAAAUUAUUUUCAGCACCUUGAUCUUAAUGGACACUGAGCUUAAUGUAGAAAAGAAGUGUGCAAUAAAGAUAUACUCAGUUCUAUACUUCAUUAGAUGGUGAUUGCUCUCGGCAGAAAUCUGUUUCCUGUAACGAAGAAGAAAACAUUUUGUUGCCAGACAGAUUGGACCUGAAGAGGGCUGAGGUGGUGGUGGUGGUUAUGGCAAGUUGGAGGUCACUAAGAGUUGCUUAGUUUGGAUUGAAGCCCAUGUUCCCUGGGAUUCCCCUUCCCCCCCAUCCACACACACACACACACACACACACACACACACACACACACACACACACACACACACACACACACACACACACACACACACACACACACACACACACUCACACUAGGCCUAGCCUGUAAAAGUGGUAAGUGCAGUCCUUUCUUGCUUUUGUGACUCAUCAGUGUUUUAUUUUACCUAUUUAUAAUGAAUACUGGGAUGCUCAUUGACGGUCACACAAAGCUGAAAGCGACUGACUUAGUCACACGUUCUGUGAUUAUUACUCAUGACGAGUUCUGCUGCUCGUUCACUCCAUCUACCAAAAAGCGAAUGAACUAUUGUGCUUUGAGGAACUUUUUUAUUUAUUUAUUUUUUGUUUUUUUUUGUUUUUGUUUUUUUACCAAGUGACAUCCUAUUUCCUUUUGUAUUUAGUUGCCUUGGGGAGGUACUAGUGUUUACACAUUUUGGGACAACACUUGUUUAGAUGUAGCUUGGUGGAAGCAAGUCAUGACCAAGGGAAAUGGGAUAUAUAUUUUUUUCUAAUGUCCCUGUGUUGGUACCAAACUGCAAUCCAAUGUCAUAGCUAUAUAAUCUUAAUAUUAUUUUACCUAUAAAAUUAUAACAAAAUAUAUUUGCUUAAAUUCUGAACAAGCAGUGUUGAUUCUCAAUAUUGUUGAAGGUCGGCCAUCAAGGAAAAAGGCCAACAGUACAGUGAAACUGUCAGUGUUUCAAGCUUUGUGGAACAAGGAGGUCUUGAAAACAUGUGGAGUUCCCAGUGCAAAACAGACAGAGGCACCGGCUGAAACACAUGACACUCAGCAGUCCCGUGUCUGGGGGUUAGUGGACCAAGGGUCAUGCAAGGAGAAUGGGCCACCACUUGGAGCGGGGCGGUAGUCAAGCGGUAUUACCAUACCAAGAGGAAGUGGCAAAAAUAAACAUUGUGCAGCAGUAACAUCUAUUUACUAACUGUUGGUUAUUAUUUAUGUAGGAACUGAUAACAAAGAAAGUAAAAAACAGAUGUAUUACAGGCAUAUAAUUAUUCCAAUUUUUCAUUACUUUGCUAGUCCUGAGGCUUUGGAAACGUGCACAGUGGAAGGUUGGAUGAGUGUUGGGAAAUUCACCUGAGUAGACAUGGAAUGACAGUGGUCUUUCAUGGUCUUGAAGUAUUUUCCUCCUGACCUUGUGUUACACCAUGAUCUCGUGCCCCAGGGCUUGUGUUGGCAGUGUCCGGCCUACCUUCUGUUGUUAGGGAGCUUUGUGGCAGGGUAGGGACUUAUGAUAUUUUUAUGUUUAACACUUCGUCAGAAUAGAAAACUCUUAGCCACAUAGAAAACAAUAAGUAAAGGAAUUGUUUUUGUCAUCCAAAGCUUUCAUUCAUUUGUUUUAUUAUUUCCAUUAAUAUAAAUUAUUUUAUUCUUAUAUCCAUCCUUGGGCACCUUUUUUUUAUCAUCAUCUUUUCUUUUAGAUUCCUCCUCAUUCUCUCUUUUGUUAAGAGAGGUCAUCAUUGUCUUUUAUUUGUUUUUGUCACAAUUGAUAUUGCCUGUUGAGGCUCUUGUAUUUUCCUAAUGGUCACUUCAGCUGUGUGGACUUGCCUACAUAUGGUCACAUUCUUGCUCACAUUUUAUGGAUGUAGUGAGGAAACUAAUAUAUUUAGGUGUAUAGAAAUAUUUAUUGAAUGCCAGUUAUCAGGGAAUACUGGUGUAUGAAUAUUAUUGCAUCUUAUUCUGUGCUGAAGCCAUUUUAUUCUGUCCAGUUUUUUAGGUAAAAGUUUGACAUCUUGCUGCUGAGCUCUUAGAAAUAGUGACCUGGUCCACAGACAAGUGAGUACAAGGCAAACAAUAAGCAAAGUGUAGUACUGUAUUGCCUUCCUUCACACUGGUGCUGAUGCCAUCUGCAACACACAUUGUGGUGGGUGUGGGUCCCAGUAAGGGCCACAGAUUUCAUUCUGAAAUGAGGACAGAGAAUGGACCCUGGACUGAAGGAGUAGCUCGUGGUGCCAGAUGGCUGAGGUGCCACAACAGCUGGCACGAUGGACCCUGCAACAAGUAAGGAAGAAAUGGGUAGCAGCGUAGCGCUGGCGGCAGCAGCACCACCACCAGUGUUAUCACCAUCACCCAUUAUGCACUGUCAUCAGCAAUGAUAAACUUUAGUAAUAUACUGGUUUUAAUCAUUUUUACACCUUCAGUGUACAUAGAAGUUAUUAAAGUUUGCUGUUGUUUUAAGUUGAGUAUUGCUGAUGCGAUGACAAACCAUUUUGUAGGAAGCCAGGCUGAUGUGAUCAUCCCUCUACCGUCACCAUAGGUCUUGGCCGUCAGUGUCAUGUAUAUAUGUGAUUAUUCAUGAGCAAGUGGCUUGCUUCUCUAUGGAGGUCAGUGAUCAUGUUCGAGUGCGUGUGUGAGUGGAGACGGUAGUGUCAUCUGUGAUUUUCUCACUAGGAAUUAUCUGAAUGCUAAUUAUGAACUAAGUUGAGUAAGCCAAGUCACAAGAGCCUGUCACCCAUUUUUGGAAGUCAGCAAGUAGUAAGUUUUUUGUAUAAUUUCGGAUAUGGAUGUAACCUAUGACGGUCCAUUGAAGAUAGCCAUAGUGUAUUUCAUCUUUCUAUGAAGUUGUCCUGUGGUUUGUAAGGAUGAAGGAAAUCACUUGUUUGCCUGUAUGGAACAUACUGCUUCAAUGUGCUGUUAAUAAUAAAACUCAGCAUUUGUAUCCGUAUAAUCCAUAUAACUGGAAGAAUAUAAUAAUACUGUUG